AUGAUCAGCGUCGACGCAGCCGAGUUUCCGGAAUGCGAUUCCGUGGCUGCCAAUUCAUUCAUUAACAACACGCGAUCCAAUUGCAGCCACAGCCUAAUUUACUGCGAUGGCGAUAACUCGCAGUUCUGCGAUUCGACCGUGCUCUGCGACCUGGAAUACACCUGCCCGCCGGCCACGAACGGCAGCACCACGCUGCUGCCGCUGCCCGCCGACGAGGAGCCCGCCCCAACGACCAGCAGCGACAGCUCCACCGACUCCACUGUGUCCACGCCGGCUACGCUGGACGUGCGUGCGCUGUGCCGGCGCGGCGUAACCAAGAAGUACAUGUAUCCCGGCAACUGCAACUAUUACUACUAUUGCGUGGAUGGUUUUCUGAUUGUGGAGCAGUGCCCCAUCGGCUACGCCUACAAUGAACUGGCUGGCAAGUGCAGCGGACGCAUCCAAGAUGUGGCCGCGUGCCGGCAGCCGUGA